AUGAACGACUUCCGACACAUCACUGACUUCUUUCUCUCAUACGGACACGAGCCUGCACCGGCUACCCAGAAGUCUACCGACGCCAAGGUCAAGGGUGUCACAAUCAACUGCCUCGGCGACCAGAAGAUGUGCAACAAGCCGCCUUUCGAGGCAGUCGAGAUUACCCCGACAGAUCCUAUCUUCUCGAAGCACGACACCUCUGACAUUGCGGCACGCAUUGGACUUCCCAUCUUCACACGACGUUGCUCUCCAAACCCAAAGUGGGCGGGCGACGAGGACAACAAGAUCUUCGGACAUGAGAGCCCGUUCAACAACCAAGACGCUACAUAUCUGCACCUAUGCUGCGAUCCGAAAGCUGAAAUGGAUCUUCACACGGGGACAUUGGGUUGGGGUUUUGCUCCCACUCAGUGGCAGAACUCUGUGGGAAGUGCCAUUGUUGUGCGUCAGGACAAGAAGCCGCUGUCACCACUGCAUGUAGAGGCACUGUGCAGGUACUGUCGCUAUGAGAUAGGACCGCUUCAGAUGCACUCCGCCGGAAACUAUGGACCUGAAGAGGUUAUUGGAAAGGACGUUGUUUUAGCUUUCAUCUGCCGGGCAACUUUCAAGAUAUGCUGGGACAAGCUACUGGAUGAGAAGGACAGAAACGGAGAGUAUCCGAGCGAUCCUUACCCUUACGACGUGUAA